CAGCCAAUGCACGUUCAGGUCGCGAGGACAACAUCGUACCCUGGCUGGGUGGAACCGGGAGGAGGGGGGGUACUCUCGGAGCUCUCGAGGAUAACUGUUCUGAAUGUGGAGAAAGCUGUGACACUCCAUAAAGUUAAUAGUUUUUCUAAAACUGCAUUCUGACCAGUAAUGGAGUACUGAAGUAUCGCACGGAGCUCAGAAUGGCCUUCGACGGGCAUCAGAGUAAAUUUUCAAAUUCCCUCUUCCAGCCAUGUCCGCGACAGACAGGUGUUAAUGUGGGAGGUAUAAACAAUGGAAGUGUUCCAGUUCCCUUUGUUUCCAUCCCAAGUACCUCACAUCAGGAGCAGGCAUCUUAUGUGCCCUGGUCUCAUAAUACACAAGAUAAGCCAUAUGAAGCUUUUGGUUAUAACCAGGCCAGCAAUAAAAGCAGGAAACCAACUGAUAAUGCUGACUGUGAUGGUGAAGCAGAUCUGCAGGGUCUGGUUUCAAAUAUUUUGGAUGAAACAGAAUCGUGGGAUAGCUACUGUAGUGAGAGCUUACCUACAGACAAUCCCAUCUGGUCUCCAAAGAUACUGAGAGAAGAACUGCUACAAUAUUUUCAUUCAGAGGCAAAAAUGCUCCACAACUCUUCCUUUCCCUCAAAUGAUUUAUUCCAUGAGAUUUUCAGUAAAGCACAGGAACAGUCAGUGGAUAAAGAAGUUGAUGAGCUGAAUCAACAGUCCAGUGGUCUUGCAACCAAACGGUGGCCUUUUAGUUAUCCCAAUGGAGACAGUCAUUCCUUCCGUUCUCACAAACUUCCACCAGGUCUACCAGUGCCCAACACAGUGAAAACCGACUCGUGCCAAAUUCAACAGAGCAGAAAUGUCACCAUGCCAGCUUAUAAUGACAAAGGGACUGAUCAGCCUAUGAAUAACUUCCUGGGGCUUGGUGACAUCUUCAGACCGCAAAAUGAAAUAAAUGGCUCCUGCUUGGAUGCUUUCUAUGACAAUGGCAACACCCAAAGUGGUGCACAUCCCAUUUGUAAUGAGCAGUAUGUUCCAGAAUACAUGAACCAGCUGGUCAACAGUUUUCAGUCAUUUAUGGCUAACGAGCAUGAUAAUCCAUACAAGCACACAGUGGGUAUGCGUAAAGAAGAUGUCAUGGCUGAACAAUGGAAAACCAGCAGUAAUGCAAUGUCAUCACAAAGUACUCCUACAAUGCAGAUCCCAAAACAACUGUUUGGGGACUUCAAGGCAGGCCAGAAAGGAAGAAUGAAGAAACAAACAUUUAAUCUUGAUGCCCUUCAAGACCCUCACCACACAGAGUAUUUACAGCAAACAAAGCCAUUCUCUGCACCGCUAAACCUCCCAAACCAGUACCAAAACAAGAUGAUGAUGAACAGAGAAAAUAUGAGUGUUAGCAUGAAUCAGUAUUCAAAGCAUCACAUGCAACAGGAGCAAUUACAAAGAAAGAUCAAGCCACACAUGCAGAAAGAAAAAAAAGUAAUGCAUAUGUCUGGAAUUUUUGGAGAACGCUUCCCAAGGAUGCAACAGACCAAAACUUGCAUGACAGACAGAGAUAGACAUCCCUUCUCACAAACCCCAUACAUGAGUUUUCAGGGGAGGGCACAGUCUCAGAGAUUUGAUGGAGAAAGAAAUAUGGUCACUGUAGGAAAUAGACAGCUGCUGACAUCUUUCAUGUAUCCUGUAAAUGACCUUCAGAGGCACUCCAACUUUCCCAUCAACUCAACCUUCGGCUCUAGAUCAUCUCUUUCAUGUGGAAAUGGUGUUGCUGAUAUGGGUGGCGUGGUGUCAGCUCAUGAGGCUGCAGCUUUAAACUCCUAUUCAAGGGACAUGUGGACCCAAAGAAGAGAGAGCACUUUUCCUGGCAUGGUUUCAGCUGUACCACCAUCACUCAUGAUGAGUCAAGGAACACCUGUGAUCCAGCUUCCCCUCUACCUAGAUGAGUGUUACGAACAGUGGAAGUGUUUGGAGAAGGAGAGAAAGAGGACCGAGAUCAUCCUUACAAAAACCUUUCCAGGGAAAAGGACCUCAUCAGUAACCAACACCAACCUGCCCAAAACCCCACCAAACCCCACAAGAGUUGAUCAUCUCAUUGCUAAACAUAUGAGAGAACAAGCUAAGGUGGCAGGUAUGCUGGAAAGAAUGGAGAGUCUGUGUGGCAUUCCCCUACACAUCAAUAUUCAAACAGCACUGAAGAGCCAUCACAUGGCUAUUUGUAUCAUGCAAGCAAGAUGCCAGGAGAGUGCGAACACAACCAAACUACAGCAGCAGGGAUUUCAUUUCACAGAGGGCAAAGACACCUUUUUGAUGGUCAUGGCACUGAAAGACCUCACUGCUACUACCAGGAGGCUCUGCUCAGCUUUGGGGUGUGCCCUCCAGAUGACACUGCCGAAACCUACCAAGACGCAGAGCCACCAUGUUUACGAGGAGGCCACAUGCACAGAGAGGUGCUCCUCUCCAUUUCAGGGGUGCUCUUUUCAGUUAUGAAUUAGCUGGCCACAAGUAUGAGUUAAAGGUGUAGAUUAAGGUGGUAGAAACAAGUGCUCUUAUGUUAUUACUUAGCUUCAAGUAAAAGUAGCAUUUUAUCUGCAUAAUAGUGAUCACAGCAGAAAAUGAGUUGACCAUUUGAAGCUUGAAAACCAAACUGUUUUGGCAUCAAAGAGCUUCUUUUGUUGGGUCAGAGUUGCAUGAAAUUUAGGUUACCCUGCUGCAUCUUAAUUUCAUUUAAUUAGUGUCAGCUUCAAAUCAACACAAAUCUUGUACCAUCACUGUUGUAUUUAAAGACACUAUUUAUGUGGAAGAUUUCAUUGAAUUCUUCAUUUUAAUUAUUUAUUACAUACAGCUAAUCCCAAAUUUCUAAGUAUUCCCAAGCAAUAAUUCAAUCAUAAGGCCAAUAGUUGAGAAUUAGCCUGCUAAGUAUUCAUUUGUUUUCUGAAUUGUUCCAAUCAAUUUCUGCUAAUUUGGGUUUUCUUAUGUAACCUUAACAGACUGUAAUCAGAAGUUUUUUUUUUUAAUCUGUAAGUUGAUUUGAAAUAUACCAACAAUACUCAGGCUUCUGAAAAAAGGGUCAACACAUUUAAAUAUUAAUCAUACAUCCCAUUAGAAAUAGUGCUAAAGAUCAUAUCAGUGAAAUGUGACAGCAAAGUUAAAGGUUUUCUCCAUGCAGUGUAUCUUUUAAAACUUGUUACAUCCAAAUUAAAACUUGACCAAAAUGUUCCAGUUAUGAAACUUUAAAUCUCUUUAAAUAUUAAGUUGAAAAAG